UUGAUAGAAACGGCUGUAAUGAUGGCGGCUCCCAUGUCGUGGAGGAAGCUGGUGUACUGUGUGUACACACCGGCCCUGGCCGGGGUUUUCACCCGAAUAUCAGACCGAUUCUUCCGUACACGGGAUCGAAGGCGAGGGUCAUCUGUGUUGCUCCUAGCCCCUCUCCUAGCGGAGGCAGAUCCCUCUCCCCUUCCUCUUUUCAGAUCCCCCGGGUCGACUGGAGCUCAGGGCGCUGAUGGCCUCCAUGCUCGCUUCCUUUGGAUGGCAGAACAUGUGCCCGCCUUCAGGGUGCCUGGCACACACAUCCACAUCCUCACCUCCCCUGACCAGUUUUACCAGGCGAUGAAGGCUCGAAUAAAGACGGCUAAAAGGCGAGUGGUGAUGGCCUCGCUGUAUCUGGGUACAGGACCCCUGGAACAGGACCUGGUGGACUGUAUGCAGGAAGCUCUGGAGCGUUCACAGGAGGGUGACAACUCCGACCUGCAGGUCUCCAUUCUAUUAGACUACACACGCGGCUCAAGAGGUGAGACUAACUCUAGGACCAUGUUGCUGCCGUUGCUGCAGCAGUACAGCAGUCGGAUGCGUGUGUCUCUGUACCAUUCCCCUGACCUGAGAGGGCUGCUCCGGCUCCUGGUCCCACAGCGCUUCAACGAGACCAUUGGGGUACAGCACAUCAAAGCCUACCUGUUUGACGAUGACCUCAUCAUCAGCGGGGCCAACCUGAGUGACUCAUACUUCACCAACAGACAGGACCGCUACGUGCUCCUGGAGAACUGUUGGGAGGUGGCCGACUUCUUCUCUGAUCUGGUGGGCGCCGUGGGAGACGUGUCGUUACAGCUACAGCCUGACAACUCUGUUAGCAUGAUGGAAAACAUGGUGCACCCCUACAGAGGUAACAGGGAUGAUUUCUCGGCGUCGGCCCGGCAACACAUCAUGAAGGUGGUGAGCACGGCUCGUAUGCGCCAAGACAUCGCCAAAUCAGAACAUUUGAAGCGGGAGAGCAAGGGCGAAGAAGGGGGAGGGGAGGAGGGAGGGAAGGAGGACACUUGGGUUUUUCCUCUGGUUCAGAUGAAACCUCUGGGAAUACAGGUGGAUGAGCAGAUCACACAGCGUUUGCUGACAGAUGCGGGUCCCGGUGCGACUGUGUUUCUGACGUCGGGGUAUUUCAACCUGACAAGGGCCUACAUGUCGCUGGUUCUGGGGGUGGGCGCCGACUACCGGAUUCUCACCGCCUCCCCGGAGGUCAAUGGGUUUUUUGGCGCCAAGGGUAUUGCCGGGGAGAUCCCAGCGGCCUACAUCCACAUUGCCAGACAGUUCUACAGCAAUGUGUGUCAGCUGGGACAGCAGGAGAGAGUUCACCUCCACGAGUACCACAGAGCACACUGGACCUUCCACGCCAAGGGGCUGUGGUACUACCUGCGGGGGCAGGUGCGGCCGUGCCUGACUCUGAUUGGCUCUCCUAACUUUGGCUACCGCUCGGUGCACCGAGACCUGGAGGCCCAGAUCGCCAUAGUAACAGAGAACCAGGAAUUACAGGCCCACUUGCAGGAAGAGCAGGAGAUGUUGUACCAGAGGUCUACAGAGGUGUCCAGCUCUACGUUCCAGCAGCCAGAUCGCCAUGUCAAGCUGUGGGUGAAACUGGUCACUCCCCUCAUCAAGAACUUCUUCUGAGAGAAACAGCCAAACAAAGGAGGCAGACCGCAGCCAGUACCCACUUGGCAGGCUUCUCCUUGGUCUUGAGGUUGAAGGUCCAGAUGAAGGUGGGACCCCUCAUGC